AAAACUGUGUAUAUAACUCAGACAGAAGUCACACAGGAGCCGAGGCUGUCUCCACCAAGCGGUAAUCAGAGUGACAAGCAUUUCCCUCUCUCUCUCUCACUCUCUCUCUCCUUUCUCUCUCUCUCUCACUCUCUCUCUCCUUUCUCUCUCUCUCUCUCUCUCUCUCUCGGUAGAGCAGCGUGUGGAGAUUAGCGUGGGGCAGGAGCGUGGACACACACACAGCGAGUGAGCGCUUCAGGAGAGUGUGUGAUGUGCUGGAGAUGGAAUCCUGAGCUGAAGCACCUGAACUGGAUACCUGCUCAUUGAACCUCACCUGAGUGGACAGAGUGUGUGAGUGUGUGUGUUAGCACGAGUGUGUGUGUGUGUGUCUGUGUAAGUGUGACAGAGCUGCAGGGUGUCAGGAUGCCGAUUCCGAAUCUCUGGGUGUAGACGAAGAGCUUGGCUCUUUCUUGACCCCUCUGACUUCCGGACUCUCAGGACCUCUUGAUCAGCGCCAUGGGCACCAACAGAGCCAACAGGUACAGCAUCGUUUCUCCCGAUGAGGAAGGCCUGAAGAUCUCCACGUUGGGCCUUCACAACGGCCACGGAUCACCAAGCCGCCUGCCCUCUCCCGGCAGCGCCCUCAGCGGCACCGGGUUGGGUGGGGCUAUGGAGAACACCUACAAUGGAAAGAUCUCCACCACAGGCCGGGGGCAGCUGCGAAGCCGGUUCGUGAAGAAGAAUGGCCAGUGUAAUGUGGUCUUCUCCAACUUGGAGGACAAGCCUCAGCGUUACCUAGCUGACAUCUUCACCACCUGUGUGGAUAUCCGCUGGCGAUACUUGCUGAUGAUAUUCUGCUCUGUCUUCCUGGCAUCGUGGCUAAUCUUUGGAGUCAUCUUCUACAGUGUUUCCUUGGCACAUGGAGACUUUGACCCAAACAGGGGCUUGCAAAGCCCAGGGGUGGGCCAACAGAAGCCAUGGAAGCCGUGUUUGCUUCACGUUGAGGGAUUUGUGGGGGCCUUCCUAUUCUCCAUUGAGACCCAGACCACCAUAGGCUACGGCUGGCGCUGUGUCACUGAAGAGUGCCCAGUGGCCGUGGUAACAGUGGUGAUACAGUCCAUCGUUGGAUGCAUUAUUGACUCUUUCAUGAUUGGCACCAUCAUGGCCAAAAUGGCACGACCUAAAAAGCGGAAUCAAACACUUCUAUUUUCGCAGAAUGCAGUCAUUGCUCUGCGGGAUGGAAAGCUCUGCCUCAUGUGGCGUGUCGGGAACCUUCGGAAGAGCCACAUUGUGGAAGCUCACGUACGGGCACAGAUGAUUCGUCCAUAUGUCACUGCAGAGGGAGAGUUCAUUCCGCUGGAGCAGACAGACUUGAAUGUUGGCUACGAUGAAGGAAUCGACCGUCUCUUCUUGGUGUCUCCACUGGUGAUCAUCCAUGAGAUUGAUGAAGAUUCACCACUGUGGGGGAUGAGCCGGGCGGACUUGGAAACAGAUGACUUUGAGAUUGUGGUCAUCUUGGAGGGAAUGGUGGAGGCUACUGCCAUGACCACACAGGCGAGGAGCUCAUACCUUUCAAGGGAGAUCCUCUGGGGACAGCGCUUUGAGCCAGUCAUCUUCGAAGACUGCGAUCGUUACAAAGUGGACUAUGCUCGUUUCCACAAGACCUAUGAGGUUCCAUCUACACCUGCCUGCAGUGCCAAGGAGCUCAGUGAGCUGGCAAGUCACCGUUCUUCUGCCUCAUCACGUUCCGGGACACCUGUCAGCCGCAGGAUGCAGUGCCUGCGACCGCCCCUCUCCCCCAGCGCCUUCUGCUAUGAGAACGAGGUGGCUCUCUGCUCCGGGGAGGAAGAAGAGGAGGAGAGACAGAAUGAGAAUGUAGAGGAGGAACUAGCUACGCUGGAAAUGGAUAUGACAUCAAUGACUACAGCAGGGGUUCCCAAAGACUUCCAGAAAAUGUUCCAGGAAACGGCGAGCAUGACGCCCAGCAACAAUGUCCUCUGCAUGCUGGACAUGGACAGCCAGAUAGAGUUUGACAUUUUGCAGACAACUCUACCGCUUGAUCCUCUGUCAUACAAGAGCGAGUCGGAGAUAUGAUGUGGAGAUAUGGGUAUGGAAGUGUUUCUAUACAAAACCCCUGAUCCCAUCCCUUUGUUUUUUCUUUUUAGAGUAAGUCAGGUGUAGUCACUAAAGGAAAAAGGGAUGAAUAUAAUGGUAUUUUGCACAUGUCAGAAAUCCAAAAAUACUGUCGCCUUUCCUGCUCCAGCUGUUCCUGUUCUCUCCAAAGAGGUGGCUAGACAUAAGGAACAAGACUUACUGUUGACCCAACUGAUGAUUCUCGUGACUAAGGGGUCAUCUGACCUAUGAGAUCAGACAACCAUUUGGUUGGUUUUGAUCUUUGUACUUACUUUGAUUAUGGAAACUUUUACAAGGUACCAAAAAAAGGCCUGUGAUGUUGCUUAAAAUGGAUGUUUUGGAAAAUAUGGGACUAUAGAUCAUUGCUUUAAGCUGCAAAGCACAAAUUACUAAAUGUUGACAUCACCAAAGGAGAAAAAUUGCACUUAAAAAUUCUAGAAAAAAAGCUAAAGCACAGGACAGACAUUCAGAACCCAAGCUUAACGCAAACAGUACUGUAUAUAAUCAACUGUAAGAGUCAGUUUCUGCUUUUCAUUUAUGAAUUUUCACAUUUCCUGUUGUUAUCGUGAGAGCAUGAUGAAUGAAAAGGAUUCAGAAACCUAGGAAUUCUUUGACAAAAGUAUGAAAUAUUUGGUGAAAGAACAAAAAACUUUGUGUGAAGUCUACAAAUGUUAAUGAAGUUGAUUCAACAACUGAACCAAUCAGCCGUGCUCAUAGACACUAGGUUGCCAUCUCUAAACCAAUUAUAAUGCUCAAUGUAGCCACAGAGCAAUAUCUCAUUUCCAUUAUGUUGAUGGUGAAUGGUAAGUAGAGUAGAGUAGUAUCUGUAUCCCCACAAACAUUUACCAACCACCCCACCUUAGAUGGGUUUCCUCAGGUCUGAGAAAUAAACAGACAUUCAGGAUAUUCUAUAAACGACUGCACGGGUUCAAAAGGUUUAAUUUCACACUGCAGGUACAAAUCUGGAUUUCUGACUCACAAGCCACCAAAUUGUUACUGCUUACAUGUCUGCAUCGGUUUUUUAUAGUAAUAACACACGUACUAGUAUGCACACCAGUGACGAGUGUAACUUAGCUAAGAUAAGCUAAGCUAAUGGCGUGAGCUAAGAUAUACCGUGUAGCUUUACUUAACCAGCCAACAGAGCGAUGCUGCUCUAUUUUACACCAGCGCUGCACUUUAUAUACACCACAACACCAACAGAACAGAACAGAACAUUCGUGUAGCUGA